UCCUCGACUAUAGGCUCCACUUCCUGGAUACGCGUUCAGAAAAACACCCAGGUUGUCAUUAUCAUUUUAUACGGAGUUUCUGUAAACUUUGUGGCUCAUACACGUCCGAAAAACGCAACUUUUCGGCGAUAAACAGCCGUGAAAUGUCACGGAAUUACUGAUGAUAACGUAAACAGGGAAGCGAGGCGGAGGGCGCACAGAGAGAAAGAGCGCCACGUCAUUGAUAGCGGAGGAUAACACACCCGGAGUAUAGUCUGCUGCGGACCAGAGAUUAGACGGUGACGCUCAGCUUCCAGUGUGCUGCUGUCUCCGUGAAUUUCGACAUUUUCUUACCGAAAGGACGAAGCCUCGCUCAGUGGGUCAAAAUGACGGCGUCAAACUGGGGUCUAAUCAUGAAUGUGGUGAACAGCAUCGUGGGAGUCAGUGUGCUCACCAUGCCCUUCUGCUUCAAACAGUGUGGAAUCGUUCUGGGAACUCUGCUGUUGUUCUUCUGCUCAUGGAUGACUCACAAAUCCUGCAUGUUCCUGGUCCACACAGCCAGCAACACCAAACGAAGGACCUAUGCCGGACUGGCGUUCCAUGCUUACGGGAAACCCGGAAAAAUGCUGGUGGAGACGAGUAUGAUCGGUUUGAUGUUGGGGACCUGUAUUGCCUUCUAUGUUGUCAUCGCUGAUUUGGGCUCAAAUUUCUUCGCUCAGCUGUUGGGUUUACAGGUUACAGGCAGUUUUCGUGUGCUGCUGCUGAUCGCUGUGUCGCUGUUCAUCGUCCUCCCUCUGAGUCUGCAGAGGAACAUGAUGUCCUCCAUCCAGUCCUUCUCAGCGAUGGCCCUCAUGUUCUACACCCUCUUCAUGUUCACGAUGGUGCUGUCCUCGUUCAAACACGGGCUGCUCAGCGGCUGGUGGCUAGGGCAGGUCAAUGUGGUGCGCUGGGAGGGUGUGUUUCGCUGUCUCCCCAUCUGUGGGAUGGCCUUCGCCUGUCAGUCGCAGGUGCUGCCGACCUACGACAGCCUGGACGAGCCGUCAGUCAAACGCAUGAGCACCAUCUUCACCUCGGCCCUCCACGUAGUCACCGUCUUCUACAUCACUGUGGGUUUCUUUGGCUACGUCAGCUUCACGGAGAACAUUGCAGGAAACGUGCUGAUGAACUUCCCAUCCAACCUGGUGACAGAGAUGAUCCGUGUGGGCUUCAUGAUGUCUGUGGCCGUCGGAUUUCCCAUGAUGAUCCUGCCCUGCCGCCAGGCUAUCAACACCAUGCUUUUUGAGCAGCAGCAGAAGGAUGGGACAUUUGCUGCCGGAGGUUACAUGCCUCCUCUGCGCUUCAAGAUGAUCACCCUCUGCAUUGUGUUUGGCACCAUGCUGGGAGGCAUUCUCAUCCCCAACGUGGAAACCAUUCUGGGUCUGACUGGAGCCACCAUGGGCAGCCUCAUCUGCUUCAUAUGUCCUGCUCUCAUCUACAGAAAGAUCCAGAAGAACGGCAUCAUUGCUCAGCUGGUGCUUUGUGUUGGUCUGGGCAUCCUGCUCAUCAGCACCUUUACCACCCUCUCCAUUUCGGCCAGGAGCACCAGCACCAUAGUCCAGCAGCCGCCUCCUCCUAAACCUGACAAGAACGGCCCGCUGCUCCCAGACCUGCCUGAACUGCACGACAACCCCCCAAACAAGAAGCCCGUGGAAGUAGAAAAGCCUGACCAUCCACCUGUGGAGGUGAUAAAACCUGCGGAGAGGGGCGAGGCUGAGCCCCCGCAGAUUAAAGGACCGGUUGAUGUACCUGAGAUUAAGAAGGAGGAAGAGGUGCAGUUGGAUCGUCCUGAUGCCGGCGUCGCCGUGCCGGAGGGAGAGGCUCACCGGCACGAACCGCCCAUCCCUCACGACGAGGUCAAAGUAGACACCAGAAAAAACAACGAAGAGCUCGAGGAGGACAAGAACCAACCUGUUGAGGAAGAACCCGUAAAGGAUAAGGAGCAAGGCGGAGGACACCCGGUGAAGGUCGACGACAAAAAGGACGAGAAACCUGCAGACGUUGUGGCGAGGAAAGAGGAAGUGGACUUGGGUGGAGGCGAGGUCUUGUCCAAUGAGGUGCUGGAGAAAAAGCAUGAAGCUGCCCCGCUAAAGGAGGUGGAGAAGCUCAAUCCGGUCAAAGAUCUUCAAGCAGGGAAUGCAGCUGUGGCGGCCAAUCAGGCGGCUGUACUGCAGGUCGAUAAAGCGGGCAAAGCUCCAGACGCUGCAGGGAAAGCUCCUGAAGGAGAGCAUCGUCGUGCUGCAGACGAGGCUCCAGCUGCAGAAAGCAAAGAUACAGCAGAUGAGAAGAUGGAGGUGAUUAAAAAGCUGGUGGCAGAGGGCCAACUCGAUCACGCCGUGCUGCUGCAGGUGAUCAAGGAGCAGCAGGUGCAGCAGAAGAGACUUCUUGACCAGCAGGCAAAACUACUGGCUGUGAUAGAAGAACAGCACAAAGAAAUCCACCAGAAACAACCUGCUGGGGCUGCCGCUGAAAAUGAGGCAGAAAAAGGCAACCAGGAACUAGAGGGGGUGGAAGGUGGAGCAGCAAAGCCCAAAGAGUCUGGUAAGGAGGAGGCAGCUGGCGCUCCGCAGGACCAGAAUCACGCUCAGGUCGUGGAUAACGCUGCUGACGUUAAGGUUGCUAAAGUAGCUGCAGCUUACAAGGAGGACGACAACGUUGUACCCGGAGGAGAAUCUCAUCACCAGAAUGAGCUGGGGGCGAGGGGAGUGCCGCUGGGAAAGAAAAGACCUGAGGACCAUCAGCCUGCACUUCAAAAUGAUCAGGUAGCUCAGCUGAAAGGUGAGGAAAAAGGCCUAGAUAAAGAAAAAGAGGCAAUUGAAAAUCUUACAAAUGAAAAGAUACAGAGAGAAGUUCAGGCCAGAGUGGAAAAAGCACAGCUUGAGAGGGAAAUGAAGGAAAAGCUGGCCAAAGAACAGGAGGAGAAGGAGAGAGCAGACAGAGAGAAGAUGGAGAAAGAAGUGCAAGCAAGAGUAGAAAGAGAAAUGGAGAGGGAGAGACAGGAAAAGCUGGCCAAGCAACAGGAGUUGGAGAAGGAGAAAGAAGCUCUGGCGAGAGCAGAAAAAGAGCGGCUGGACAGGGAGAGGAGAGAGAAGCUGAUCAGAGAACAGGAGCUGGAGAAGGAAAAAGCAGCAAAGGAGAAACUCGCACAGGAGAAAGCUGCACAAGAGAGAGUCCAGCAGGAGCUGCACAAAGCAGACAAUGAAAUACUUGAGAGAGUAUUGAAAGAGCAGCAGGAGGAGGAGGCGGCUCGGGAGAGGCAGGCCCAGCUGGAGCAAGCCAUAGAAGCCAAGAACGCUGCACAGGGGGGUGAGAGAGAAGAUGGUGAAGCUUUGAAGAAAGGAGGACGAGACCUCAAAGAGAAAGCUGCUGCUGAGGAAGACCCCAGAGAAGGUGGGGAAGACGGGGCUGUCAGAGAUGAGGCUCGCCCCCAGGGCUCCCACGAGAAGGUCAGGGACCAGGGAGACACGGAUCUGAGGCGGAGGCGGAGGGCACUGGGACCUAGAGAGGCCGGAGGCCCCCUAGAGGUCAACGGGGCGCCUAGGAGGGUUCCUGGGCUGGAGCCCCUGCUGGAGCUGGGGGGCUCAGACCUGCACGCCGCCCUAGAGCAGCAGCUCCUGGCCGGGGCAAUGGUGCACUCACGGCAGAUUAAGCAAGCAUCAGAGGACGAUGGAGCCAAAUAACACACACACACACACACACACUCACCUGCAGAACCUCUAAUCUAUGGACCAAUGCUGUUGCCUUACGUUCUCUCUUGCCUUACGGACAGGAGCAUUUUGUCGAUCUUGAUACUGUGUACGCUGCAAGUAAUCCAAAGUCUAUAUCAAAGAGCAAAAGUGUAUGUAAAUAUUAACUUAUUUUUGUCUUCAGAGGGGAGAAUUUCAAAGAGGUCAGUGUUGAAAUGUACAUACAUCUAUGCAAAUCCCAUUCUAUGGAGUGUUUUGACAGGGCAAAUCUUUGACGUCACUUUAAUUCCCUUUUUUCAUUCACCAGCUUGAGUCUGCCUCUUUGUAGGAGCUGUUUGUUUUAUUGUCUUCUGUACUGAUUUUUUUGUCAGAAGUCCUCAGUGUGCAUCUGUUACAUUGACAUGUAAAUAUUGUAAAUCUGUUUAGCUGUGAUCCAUGGCCAAGGUUUCUUAGAACCUAUGUUUACCACACGUUGAAUGUAAUGUGGGUUCAGGACUGUCUGUGUGUCGUUUCAUUAUACUUUCAAAUGAAGGUAACUGAAUUCAGCCCUGUGCUGGAGCUAUGAGGUAUAUAAAUGUAGCCUUACUGUCUGUUCAACGAAGCAGCUCGAUCCAGACCAUCUGGAUCUCCGGUUAUUAAUCAUUCCAUCUUCAGUAUCUCUUCCUUGUAGAUUGAUCAGUGCCUUCCAGUCGAUAUGCUGCACUACAGCUGUUUUCCUAAAACAAAAUGUGUGUAGUUUUUCCUCAAUUUGCGGUCUCUCUUUCACCAAGCCUCUUACUGUAAACAGUACAGUAACGAUGAUAAAAUGAUUGUGAUGAGGAUGGUGGAAGGGAAUCUGGGCUGAGUUUGUAUUGUCUUUUAGUAAUCUGCAUCCUCUGAGAAUUCCUUCAGCGGUUAGCACUUCAACACUUAGGACCUUUGCUUUGUACAAGAGGCUAUUUUUCUGACUAUUUUUCUAUGUGCCUAGUGUUUCUGUACAUUUUGCUGAUAAGAAUAAAUAAACAAAAGAUCUGUACCAUGAA